AUUUCGCAGGGCAAGCCCAGCGGUUGCAGCUGCAGCGGAUCCGAGGCUCUCUGCCCGUGGCGCACCCGGGCAGCCCAGGGCCGGCAGCGGCUCCGCAAAGUCGCGGAGCAAGGGAGGCCGAGCGCCCGCAAAGUGGUGGGGCUCCGGGUUGGAAGAGGCGUGCCUGCGGAGCUCGGAUCCCAGCGCCCUUUCGCCUCCAGUGCAGCGUCCGGUCGGUGGUGCAGCCGCCCGGGAAAGAGCAGUCAAAUUGCAGCCUCCCUAAAGAAGCCUAGUUACGCAGGCGAGCCGGCUCCCCAAGCGUGCUUAUAGCAGUGCCGCAGAGCCCUCCCGGGCCAGCGGGCUAAGGCUGGAAGCGGGGCGCCAUCCCAGAGGCAGUGAACCCCCGGCAGUUGGUUGCUCCGCUAUUGCUCUCGGGUGCAGAGAGGGGGCGUGCGAAGCUCCAACAGCCAGCUCGCUCAGAGCCCGUGCCCGACCGGGGUGCCCCCUCCGUCCCACUCUGGGAGCAAUGCCCCCCGCCCCUCGUGCCCCCCAGGAACGAGACGAGCAUGGAGAAGUCGAGUAGCGAGGAUUCUUCGAUCCACCGGAGUCCAUCUUUGGACAGCAAGGACUCGGACUUUGCCAAACCGUCCACCUCUGGCCGCCCGUUCGGCCGCGGCUUCACGGCUGGCGCCUUCUACGGCACCGCGGGUUCGCGGGGUCAGAGCCGCACGGAGGCUGGCAUUAAGACUGACAAGUACAAUGCGCCCAAAGGCAGCAAGUACGUGGUGUUUUACCUGGACCUGUCCUUUGUGUUCCUCCUAGAAUUUAAGAAGUGCAACAUGGCCAGGGGCUGUCUCUGCUGCUUGAAGUACACGAUGUUCCUCUUCAAUUUGAUAUUCUGGCUCUGUGGCUGUGGGCUGCUCGGAGUGGGCAUCUGGCUCUCCGUGUCCCAAGGCAACUUCGCCACCUUCUCCCCCAGCUUCCCCUCGCUGUCCGCAGCCAACCUCGUCAUUGCCAUCGGCACCAUCGUCAUGGUGACGGGCUUCCUGGGCUGCCUGGGGGCCAUCAAGGAGAACAAGUGUCUGCUCCUCAGUUUCUUCAUCGUGCUGUUGAUCAUCCUCCUGGCAGAGUUGAUUCUGCUCAUCCUCUUCUUUGUCUACAUGGACAAGGUGAACGAGAAUGCCAAGCAGGACCUGAAAGAGGGGCUGCUGCUGUACAACACAGAGAACAACGUGGGGCUCAAGAACGCCUGGAACAUCAUCCAGGCCGAGAUGCGGUGUUGUGGGGUCACUGACUACACAGACUGGUACCCGGUGCUCGGGGAGAACACAGUUCCUGACCGGUGCUGCAUGGAGAAUUCCCAGGGCUGUGGGCGCAACAGCACCACCCCCUUGUGGAGAACGGGCUGCUACGAGAAAGUGAAGCUGUGGUUUGAUGACAACAAGCACGUGCUAGGCACCGUGGGCAUGUGCAUCCUCAUCAUGCAGAUCCUGGGAAUGGCCUUUUCCAUGACUCUGUUUCAGCACAUCCACCGGACAGGUAAAAAGUACGACGCCUGAGGGUGCGGCAGCGCCUGGCUCCACCCGGACACUGCGCGUGCCAGGGAAGAGGACCCGAGUCGUGUCUCCUGCCUGCUCUCCGAUGGCCACCCUGCACCACCUGCCAGCCUGUCCUCUCCCGCCCACAUCCUUGGCCUUAGACCUCAUGGAGGGCAGAGGCCCAGGAACGAGGCAUCAGGCAGAGACCUCAGGGCUUGGGCACCUGGAUUCCUGCACCUGCAGACUUGCCAAAGACGCCGGGGCAGGCGGGGUGUCAGUGAGGGAGCCCCUUCGAUGGUGGGUUUCUGCCCCUGGCCUUCCUCCCACUGACACUUGUUCCUGUGUGGGGCAGAGAAUCUGUCCCACGGAGGCCACUGCCGUCCACGGCUGCCCAGCCAGAGAGCCUGCCAGGGUGCAGUGUGGCACCACCAGGUCAGGCCCCCUGGAGCACCCUGCCUGGGUUUUUAUACUAUAGUGUAACUUUUUUUUUUUAAUUUUACUCUGAUUAUGAUUAUUCAGGAAUAUUAUCUCUCAGAUAAGUUUAGGGUUAGCUCUCUGAUUUAUAACUUUUUACUGUGUUGAUUUCCAGAACGGUUUGAGUUUCCUUUUCCUGUGGGUGGGGAUGGGUAGGGAGAGAGGAUCUCCGUUCACUUUCAGUCAGGACACACCACUGUGCAACACUCACGAAGCUGGAGGUAGGGUGAGAAGUGCCAGCCGUUUGUCCAGGACUCACCUCAAGGGAGAGGGUGCAGCCAUGAUACGGGGCCCUGCCAGGCCUGGAGACUAUGGAUGAAGGCCAGAAGAGGCUGGUGGCAUACAAAGCAUGGGCCAUCCUACUCUGGGGUGAGAGGAUGCCACCUGGACCGGGAGCCACAUCAGCAGGGCAUGCUUAGGUCAGGGGACAGUGAAACACUUUGCCAGGAGGAGGGGUAGUCAGAAUAGUUCAUGUCAUUUCCUCUUCCUCCCCUCCGUGGGCUUCCCUCCUGACCCACGAGCAUCCCACGUCCCGAAUGGUCACUCUCACACAUUCCUGCUGCUACAAAUUCCUCUGGUUCAGACCCCGCUCUACCACCCUGGUCUGGACAGUGGAAGCAGACAUGUUCCCCUGCCAGGACUGAAACAGAGUCUCAGGACUACCCAGGAAGGGAAGCAGACCCCACCAGACUCAGUUGCUUACUGCCCUGCUGAGGGGAAAGGGCCAUGUGGGUCAAAGGACCAUUCCUCCUUAGGAUCCACUGCUGUCCACACUGGGGGGCCAGGCACCCUAUCCCAUGUAACCUCAAAGAGACAAGAUACAGAAACUGAGAAGUCAGGCUCCCAUCGCCCCCGCAGCACUGGGGAGAAGGCCCUCGUUAGAUGCCCAGGCUAGGCCAAGCAGUCUUGCCAACAGUGAUACCCAACAUGUCCUUCCGUAAAGACAGGGGCCUGUGGAACUCACCAAGCACCCGUCUGGGAUCCAGAGCGCCUCAUCCUCUCUCGGGCCUUCACAUGGUAGCUGCUCUUCUCAUGCCAUUUGGUUCUUUACCACUAUUUCCCACAAGGCCAUGUGUUCUUCAUUCUAGCAAUGACAUCCAACCAACCUAUAACCCCUCUGACCUCCUUGAAUAACAGACAGUAAUGACCAGGGGUGUGGAACUUCCAAUAUGUUCAGGAUUCAAGUUUUGGGGGUGAGAGAGGAUAGUGGGGAGCUCUCAGCAGAUUGGUCCCAGAAGUUGCCAGUUCCAGAAGAUGGAAUUGUGGUGUUAUUGGAGGAAUGACAGCUACCUCCCCCCAAGGUGCAGAGUUCAAGUAGAAACACUAAAUGGUCAGAAAGCAAGCAUGGUGCCUGCCACAUUGUGAGCAUUGUGAGUGUGGAUGGGUAGGGUGGGUUGUUAUGCCUCUCUAUGGGUGUUUCAACUUUCAUUAACAUCAACAUUGAGGUCCCACUACCCUAGGAGGCACUUCGCCUCCCUGCCUCGUCACGUCUGUAGAGUGCUUCAGGGUGGUGCUGGUCCCUGGAGCCUUAGCCGAAGUCCCCCAUCCUCACCAACCUCACCUCACUUGCCUGUUCAGCAGAGCCAGAUCAUAAGUCGCAAACUGCCUUUUUUUGUUUUAGCUGUGUGUGGCUGUGUAGUCAUCUGCAGAGUCUUCAUGGGGCAGAGGUCUCCGUGCACAGAGUGGAUGUCCUGAGACCCUUGCUUAUCUUGGGGGAAUGGCCCUCACAUGCUAGAAGACCACACCGAGUAAGGCCAGGGGAGGUGGCUCAGCUCUUCUCCGAUACUCUUGGGUCUGAGCUCACUGAGGUCCUGCCGUGAGAUCUCCCUUACCUGCGGCCUCCCUUGCCUAAGGCAGAGCCAUUUCCUUCAGGUCCCACACAAGCAGUUUGCAGACCUGACUCAGAAAGUCCUCUUGGUUUGCAGGUGACCUCAAGGAAAUGCCUGGUGUAGCCCCUGGCAUUUCUCCACAGCCAGCUGCCUCAGUGGGUCUCUGAGGGUAGGGUCUAGAUAGGUGCAGGUCUCCUUGCACUUCUGUACUCUGCGCUGGCACAUCGUCAUCCUGUCUCCGCCAGCCUGGACCAGCACCUCAGCUGUCCCCCUUGCACAUGCUCUGGCCUGACUUAAGAGUUAAAUGGUCAAGCCUCCAGCUCACUUCAGGUGGAUGGAAUUGGUUGUCCCCUCCUCUCUGGACCCCUGCCCACCCUCUGGUGGAGGUGCUAACUAGCAGGAACAUGGCAGGGAGCUGGGUGCCAGAUGCUUGGGGUCUGUUCUUUGCCCCACGGCCCCUGGCAUCCCUUCUCAUGUUCCCGUUCUCUCAUUUCCCUCCCCUCCUCCAUGAUGGUGGCAUUCUGGCCUCCCCUCCCUGCGUGGGCAUUCUGAGGAGUGAGGCCUUCGGGCCUCCACCUGCCUUGCUGUCCCUCGGUGGCCAGAGAGCCAGGAGUGCACGCUAUUGGUUUUGAAUGCACUUUCUGCUUGCAAUGCCUUGUCUGCAUUUCCUUCAUCCCAGGUCCUGCUUUAACGAACACCAUGUUUUUAGCAUGUUUUUAAAUAAAAACUGAUCAUGUGUCAAAAGCAC